CAGACGCGAACUCGGCGCUGCUGCAACGCGCUCAGAGCCAGCGGGACGCGAAGCCCGAGCUUAUUCCUAGGAGCCGCAGCUCGGCCCGCACCCGGACCCGCACCCCGCCCCGCAACCGGACCCAGCGGGGAGGACGAGGGCCUCGGGGCCCCGGACCGCCACCUCCCAGCCGGGCUGCGCCCCCCGCUCCAUGGCCCAGCCGCGCCCCUGAACCCCGCAGCCCCCCACCGGCCCCGCACCCAGCCGAGCGCCCGCACCCGUCUACACCGCCGCCCCGCAUCCCAGCACCGUCUCCCGCAGAGCCCGGCGCCAGGAUGGACAUGUUCAUGAAGGGGUUAAACAUGGCCAAAGAAGGCGUGGUGGCCGCCGCCGAGAAGACCAAGCAGGGAGUCACGGAGGCCGCGGAGAAGACCAAGGAGGGCGUCCUCUACGUCGGCAACAGGACCAGAGAAGGAGUAGUGCAAGGUGUCGCCUCAGUGGCGGAGAAGACCAAGGAGCAGGCAUCGCAGUUAGGGGGUGCUGUGUUCUCCGGGGCCGGUAACAUCGCCGCUGCCACGGGGCUGAUGAAGAAGGAGGACCUCCCUGCCGACGUCAAGCCCGAAGAAGUGGGCCAGGAAGCUGGCGAAGAGCCCCUGAUCGAGCCUCUGCUGGAGCCUGAAGGCGAGAGCUAUGAGGACCCCGCUCAGGAGGAGUACCAGGAGUACGAGCCAGAGGCCUAACGGGCCACCUCCCCCGGCCUCCCGGCCCCUCCACCAGCAGCACAAUAACAAUAAAGACGCCCUGCCCCGCUCCCCCCACCCCA